UUCUGUUUACAAACAAGUAUAUAAACAGUACAGCAUUUUGCGAUAAGCGAUCGUAAGUGACGGGUGUCAUGGUGUCUUUUAUAAUUCACCGCAGAAUAAUUAUCCUAUAAUUAUCUUUCUAGUGAGUUUAAAUUUAAAAAAUGACUUCGCAGGAUCUUUUUACGCAGUCGUUGAAAGACAAUAUAACACCUGGUAUAUUAAAAAAUAGAGAAGAGAGGAAGAAGCUAGUAGAUGAUAUUCAAAAUUUAAAGAAACUACGUGCCAACAUUAAUCAGAGCCUCGGAUAUUAUAAAAUAGCGCGAACAUUUCCUGAAAAAAGUUUCGUAGACUGUGAAGACAAAUUUGUUCGAAAUUUGCAAAAAGUGCCUGAUGGGCUUGUAAUCUUGAAAGAGGAAUUAUACAGAUACUCUGGAAUUUAUUGUGCAAAUUACGAGCAGGACAAGGAAUAUCGAUUUGAAUUUCAUUCGUGCAAGAAUAUCUCGAAAAGUGAAACGUACUUUGUCCAAAUUUUGACGGAGGAAGAAAUGGGGAAGUUGGGAUUUUGGAAAAUGCCAUUGUUGCUUGAUGUGAAUGUAAUUUUAUCAAAGUGUCCGAUUGAGGAUAUGAGGCAGGUUAAAAGUUUCGUGAAACUCUGCAAAUAUUAUCUUGAUUGUCAAAAUAGUCGAAAAACUCAGUUCGAGGAUCUAAAGACUUACGUUGAAGGAUUACACACGUGUUCACUUCAGGCAAAUUUGGAGAUUUACACUAACAUUCAGUUACAAAUGUUCAUGUUGCGAGAAAUCGAAACCGACAAAUGUUACGACAUUGUGUUGUAUAUCGUUUAUGAAUUAACUGACUCUAGGCCUAAUAAAUUAAUCCCAGAUUCUAUUUACGAAGAAAAAUUACCAGGGGAUGUAAUAAGAAAACUAAAAAAGUUUUUUAAAAAAUUCAGGCUUUUGGAAUUGAAGUCAGCCUUUGAAGAAAUUGUUGAUGAGGAGAAUGAAAAACUUUUUCAGUGGCAAAAAUCUUUCAAGGAUAAGGAUAUCGCUAUUGAAAACGAUGAAGUGGACAGUGAUGAAUUCUCUCAGGGAGAAGAAAAUUACCUUAGUGAAAUGAGAUCCUUAACUGAAGAAAAAGAAAAUAAAGAAGGCGUACAGAAAAAUGAAGAAGAUAGUGAGGCCAAUAAUAAAAAAUUGAAAAAAACAAGUGGGAAACGGAAAAUGGGCACCAACAAAAAAUUGGAGGACACACAAUCUGCUAAUAAAAAAAUCGACGAUAAAGAAAAUUCAACGAUACGAAGAAAUAAAAAAGUAGAUAAAAUUUGUCUGGAAGAAGAAAAUAAUACGAAAGAAAAAGAAGAUGAGUUAUAUGAAACGAACGAGGAAGACUUAAAAAAAAGGCAAAUAAAAAAGAAAAUUCGCAGGAAGGUAAAAGCGAAAGUCUUUAAAACCGUCGAAAAAUUAGGGAAACAAACUAAACUUGAUUUUUCAAGACAGGAUAUUAACACUGAUCAUAUUCAGGAAGUACAAGAGAAAGAAGGUACAGACGAAAUUCAAGAGGCUACGCAGCAUACCUUGAAUCCGAAAAAUAAUCAAGAACCCCUUCAAGGAAGUCCAUCUAAAAAUAAAUUUGAAAGUAAGGACAACGAAAUAAUCAAAAUUGAAGAAAAGUCGCAUGAAGCUCAAAUUGAGGAAGAAAUUUCCACGGAGCAAAAUGAAAAUCCACGGAGCGAACUUCGGGAAUCUGAAUUAGUAUAUAAAAAUCAAACAAAUAUUCACGAAAUCAAAAAUGGCAGAAAAACUGUAAAAGAGAAAAAAGAUAAAAAUCAGAAUCAAAUUAUAUCGGAAGAAAAAGAUGCGAAGAAGAACAAGAAAAAGUUCAAACGAGAUGGAGAAAAAACGAUUAAAAGUAGUUUGGAUUUACCAAAUGUCGUUUUGGAAGAGAAGAAACUUGCGUCAUCGAGUACUAGUGCAAAUAUCGUAAACCCAAUUUCUCUGGGAGAAAAUAUUGCGAAAAGAAGUGCAAGAAUUAAACGACAACAAACUCAUCCUCAAACAGAGACUGGGAAUAGGGAGAUAAAUAAAGUAAAUAAACCAAAUUACAAGUCUCCUCAGAAACGUCCUAGAAGUGAUUCAAGCGAUUCCGAUCAUGAAGUUUUCGAAGAACCUGAGCAAAGUUUAUUGAAAAAUUUAGCAGAGAUUCACGAAAAUAUUCUUAAGAGUUCUGCUGGGAUUGAUAAUAAUAGGGGUAAAAAACUUGUGAAGCGGGUUCAAAAGAUUUCCCUAUCUUUUUGGUGCUGUUCCUCCAACAUAUGCAGCACACGAAAUAAUCAAAGCGAUUCGAAGAAAUUAUAGCGAAUAUUCCAUUCCCAGAUGCCUUCUCUUUUUAGACUCGAUAAACAGAGUCGUGCCCCUUUCUGUAAAAACUUUAAUUCUGGAUUUUCUCGCGAAUAAUCGAUGAAAAACACAUGUACAAAUCGAAGCAGUUAUAC